GUCAGAGCUAUCAGAUUAUAUCCGGUGUGUCCUCUGGUAGUCAUAUAAUUACGACCAAUUAAUGAAUGUACACUUUGGUUGGAGGCUAUUUUAUAGAGAAUUAGAGGAAUAUAAUCUUUAAGCAAAUUACAAGGGGACAGUUAAUUAUAACUUUUGCCACGUGCGUGCGUAAAGUGGAUGGCUGGGCGCGCACACAUGCAGCACAUCACUGCGGAGAACAUCUGCUGUCAGACGCGUUUUUCGGAGUGGGAGUGAGGGCUAUGGACGAUUCAUCGACUGAUUCGCCUCUCAGAUUGGACCAGUCUCCCCUAAAACAUUUCACAUGGUGUACUUUUGUCUCAUCCUCGAGCUUUAAAAUAAAGUCUGCCUGAAAAUGAGACGCAUAGACAACAGUCAGUGAUCUCUCUCACUCCGUGGACUUCAAAAUAAGGUUUAUACUUAAUAAGGAUUCGUUAGUUUUUUUUUGUUAAUGUCUAACUCGGAUAUGGCACAUCUAAGGAUCCAAUAAGAGAAUCCAACAGCGUCAGACACGUCUGCGGCGGGAGAGACCAGUGGAGGGGACUCGGAAACUUGUGUGGUGCAGGAGACGGUCUCUCUUUUUCGAAUCGGCGCUGGCACAGCUGUCAGAGCGAGAGAGAGAGAGAGAGAGCGCCAUGGUGAACUCCCUCAUACUGAUGCUCGGCUGGACUGUGAUCUUUGAGAUGGCGAGUGGUCAGAAUGACACGGAACCGAUCGUCCUGGAGGGUAAAUGCCUCGUGGUGUGCGACUCGAACCCGACCACGGACUGGAAGGCUUCGUCCUCUCCGCUAGGCAUCUCAGUGCGCGCCGCCAACUCCAAGGUGGCUUUCUCUGCAGUCCGGAGCAACAACCAUGAGCCCUCGGAGAUGAGCAACAAAACAAGAAUAAUCUACUUCGAUCAGGUCCUUGUGAAUAUAGGAAACUACUUCACAUUUGAAUCAGUAUUUUUGUCCCCGAGAAAAGGAAUCUACAGUUUUAACUUCCAUGUCAUUAAAGUGUACCAGAGUCAAACCAUACAGGUGAACCUGAUGUUGAAUGGGAAACCAGUGAUCUCUGCCUUUGCGGGUGACAAAGAUGUGACUCGCGAGGCGGCCACCAAUGGAGUUCUGCUUUAUCUAGAAAAGGAGGACAAAGUCUAUCUAAAGCUGGAGAAGGGAAACCUAGUCGGUGGAUGGCAGUACUCAACGUUUUCUGGCUUUCUCGUGUUCCCUCUGUAAGAAAAGAAGAUUGUAAGCUUACUGACUUCUUCAUAAUGUGUUGUCACUGUAUAAUCAAAACAUUACUGCUGCAUCGGUCGGAUCUUGACAAAUGGUUGAAUUAUGAUAAAUGGAAAUGGAUAACAUCAGAGAGAGGAAAUAAGACUUUGGGAAAUCGUUUGCAUUCUCUGAAGUGCUGAGUCCCUGUCCAGAUGAAAGAGACUUGAAAUGUUCCUUUUCCCGCUCUAUGUUCCUGUCACUCAAGCAGCCUCAGAGAGGAACACUAAAACAUCCCAAAAGUACUCUUCAAACUUUGACCUGUUGGAAUAUGUUUAGCAUACUGAUUUUUUUCAUGACAACUGUUGCAUUCUAGUACAUCUGCCUCUUGGGUGUAAAUUCUAUAUGCCUGUGUUAUUUGUGUGACUUGUCAUCACCAAAGUUUUAACAUUGCUUAGUAUUGGGGGGUAUUUCUUUUUCUUUGGAGCUACUUGUCCCAAGUCAAACAAGAGGGAUGAUGGGUCACUGAUAACCUAGAUCCAUGUUUAUGGAAGAUGACUUGAUUUAACUAAUUAAUUUGAAUUUGAGGGGGAUUCAUGACAAGAAUCAAUGACAAGAGUGAUUAAUGACAAGAGGCACUGAUGGAUUACUGAAUGGGCCCAUGAGGCACAGGCCCAGGGCCCCAACAGAUCAGGGGGCCCCCUAGGCUUCACCUCCAAAAUGUUGCUGAAAGAGAUGCAAAAUUACCACAAAGAGAAAGAGAAUGACCACAAAUAAAAACAACUACAAAUAGAUGCAAGACAACUACCAUGAGACAUCAAAUAACUACAGCUGCAAAACAACUACAAAUAGACACCAAACAAUUAAAAAUAGAUGCAGGACAGCUGCAAAGAGACACAUAAUGACCACAAAAAGAGACACCAAACAAUCACAAAGAGACAUCAAAUAACUACGAAACUGCAAAAGAACUAAAAUUAUACAUAAAAUAACUAUAAAAUAAUGCCAAACAACCACAAAGAGACACUAAAUGACUAUAAACAAAUGCAAAACAACUAAAAAGAGACAUAAACUGACUAACAGAAGAAUAAUGCCAAAUAACCACAAAGAUAUAAGAUGACACACAAAAUAACCUCAAGGAGCUGCUAAAUAACUACAGAGAGACACCAAGACGCCAAACAACCACAGAGAGACACAAAAUUUGACCUGGUUGCCAUUUUGAGUUUCUUUCAAUAUGGGGGACUUGCUCCUAUUUAGGGACUUGUGGGGCCUUUAACAUGUCCAUGCCCAGGGGCCCAUAGUGUCUCACCGUGUCUGAUCAUUUAGGCUCACUACUGAUACUAGUGUUAUGCUUUUGAUGAAUUCUAGUGGUCAGUUUAUCUUACCUGUCCACCUUGUCUCUUUGAUGUUACAUUUAUAUUCCACCAUUUUGUUUUGCCACAUGCAUAUUAAGGGAAAUGUAAUUCUUUCUUUGCUCGUAGUGAUGAACCCACAGCUAUGCAGUUUCACUUUUUUUUAUGGCCUGCUACUGUCACCGUCACUGCUCUCAUCAGCACCAAACAGCACAAUGUUACUGACGAGCUGGUGAACAUAGUGGAGCAAGAGUUGGUGGAGACCAAAAACAGCGCUAUAAAAGAAGAGUGAAUAAUACAUUUAACAUCCAUCAGGUGGCCAGAAGCAAAAAUCCAAAUGAAUGCUGAUGCUGCUCCGUACCUGCUGGGUGUGUAAAUAGGCAACUGUUUGCUAACAAGUUCACCACGUCAUCUUAAAAGGUGAAAAUAUAUGUUAGUGUUGUGUUUACAGCGCGUUUCUGCUGCCUCCAAGUGACCAGAAAAAAAAUCAGUGAUUCCAGGUAUGAGGUUAGGGAAAGAUCAUCAUCAUUUUUGGUUACAUGUUAAUAAAGUAAAUAAUUUUUCAAGUCACUGUUGCCUUUUUCAAUAUUCAACAAAUACCAUAAUCUUUCCCUGACAUUGUGCCUAUAAAUACAACUAUAAAAAUGUUAAUAAUGCUUGACCUGCUACAGUACAAGUGGAUAUUUUAUUGCAAGAGUGGAUAUUAUGGGGAAAACAAAUAAAAUAUGUUGUUAUUGAACAAUUUACAGUUUGUUCAGGCGCCAUUACAUUUCUCUUAAAACGUUAUCUUCUGCUGAAAAUGUGUGGUAUAUAAAUGUAAUUUCAACCUGUGUAUUUAUAAUAAAUCUUGCACAAGUCAACUCAUGGUUUAUGGAUCUUAAUAAAGUUUAAUGGCCAUCAGAGAAUGUUAACUGGUUAAGAGGCUGAUAAUAAACCUAUUCCUGUCACAGUUGGUGAGCAUAUAUAGCUUUCACUGGGCAGCCUGGGAUAAAUGAUGAAUGAAUAAAUUGUUUAAUUGUUGCUCUUGAGCUCUUACAGUAUGUGAUGGCUGUCCCCUUCAUGUCUACAGCAGAGUUACUGCUGGCCUUACUGCAGUAUGUGCUGCUGGUGCAGUGUGCAGCUACACUUUUUUAAAAUCAACCCAGAAGCUUGCAGAGGCUUGUUUCUUUUGGAGCUUAUUUUAAAUGAUCAUUUCAACCUGAUCAUUUCAAUACGCACCCCUAUCACGUUCCUCUCUGAUGUGUUUUGGGUGUUCACUUUAACUGGUCAUAUUUAUGUUGCUAAGUGUUGUUUGCUGUCUGCUUAGAUUUUUCAUUUAUUUAUUUAUUUUUUGGUCAGUGAUUGAUAAGUUGCCCUUGGCAUCACUGUCAAUUUUCAUGACCAUGAAAGCCUCUGAGAGAAGUGAUUUUUCAGCUUUUGGAUGUGAAUAAAGACGUAAAGGUAGAAAUGAAAUCACUGUGCAGCUCAAUCAGCCUCCUGAAUGUUUACAGCUAUGGAUGUGUCACACUUCAUACCAACAGCUGCACAAGGAAACAAGGUUGAAAACUGAACACUGAUGUUAAUAUUGCAGCUCUGAUAAAACAAGACUGACGGUCUUUAUUAAAUCAGUAAUUUAAUGCAAUUUUUUAUGACACUAUGUGCAUUUCUUUUGCUAAACUGAAAUAGUCAUAAUAGUGAAAUAGUGUUUGUUUUUUGGGUCUACAUUACCUUACAUUUGUCUCUGCUCACAUUAGUAGUUAAUGAUAGGUCUAUUAUUAUUUAAUUUAGUAUUUAAAUGAUGCAAAUGGUAAUCUAUGGGUUUAAAAUGUUUUAAUGUGAACAUUAAAUGUCCCAAUUAAUUAAUGUAUUGGAGAAUUCUGACUUAAAUAAAAUAUAAAAAUUUUAAUUUUUGAAAAGGGUAUUUCAGUUGUCAUUGGCUAGUCAGCAAAAUUCCCUUUUCAGUUGGCCAAUCAGAGGUCCUGUUUUUUCUUUUAGAUGGACUUAUUUCGUUUUUAGGAUAGCACACAAGCUAACUGAAUUUCUUUCAUUUACAAAACACAAAAGAAUAUGACAAGAACACCCGUUAGUAAAUAAAGCAACAGAAAUUAUUGUAAAUUAUUUUCAAUAUGAAUUAACGUAUUCAUCAUUCAUUAAUGACCAUUUAAAAAAACUUUUUCCAUAAGUGGUUGGUUAAGUCAAUAAAUUGUUAUUCUAAUACACUAAUAAACAGUGAAAUAACUUUCCUUUAUAUCACACUCCAGCCCCCAAGUGCUGGUAUGUCAUAUAUAAACAUGAUGUUUAAAAUAAUUUCAUUUUUUUGAAGCUGGCUAUAUGGUAUGUGCAGUAUAUACUUUAUAACAUGUAUUUAUUGUAGCACACAACAUAUAGGGAAUUCUGCAUUGUGAAUAAAUAUGUGUCAAACCCAUAUUUUCGGCAGUAUCAAGUCAGUUUAGUUUUCAGUUUUAAAGUUAAAACAGAGUCAGUAUCGUCAGUCAUAUUUGCUGCUAUUUCGAAAAGAGUUUCUUCUGGUCAUAUGAAGUUUCAGAAUUGUAAUGUGUUGGUCUGCUUAUGUUGUAUGCUUCUUUUUUGAAUGCUGCUAUUCACAUUGGCACAUGCUAUUUAUAGUUUGACCAAGGUCGAUUGUUUUGCCCUGUUUUCUCUCUGUAUUGUUCAGUCCCAGUUUACUGCAAAUAGGACACUGACUAACCUUUUCUCAGCUUCCUGUAGAAAUAUGUCACAUAAAAAAACAAGUGCCAGGAGGUGAUGGAAUGUAUUUUCUUUUACUGAAAUGAUUAUAAACAAAAAACAGAGUUUUAAAUCAUCUUAUGAACAUGCUUCAAAAGUUCCAAAUUAUUACUUCUAUUAUUUUUAGAGUUACAUCUUGACUUAAACUUAUAAUAUGAUUUAAUUUAAUUGGAAUAUUUUCAAUUUUGGAUGUUAAAGUAAUGAUGAAUAAUAAUAAAUAGAAAAAAAACUGUAAAACCAUAAAAACCCGGAUUUUUCAGUCAAAUCUACCUGGCACCUGGUACCUUUCACUUGAUUAUUGUGAUUAUUGAUUAUUGAAACAUGUCAAAUGGCUCCCAAAGUAUCAAGAAUUACACUUUAUUCAAGUCUUAAAACAAGUUUGUUUAUAUUUGCAUAUCUGUCUAAGAUUUUCAUUAGCAUUUAUUGUCUCAUAUGUUCAAAAAAAUUUUAAAAAUUUACACAUUUUUUGCAGGAACUACUUUUCAGCCUUUGUAUACAUCUAUAUCUAAAUAUCAUAUAAUCUUUUUUUUUUUGAUUUUGGUUCUUUGAUUUCUGUCUCUUUGCAAAUCAACCACUGCUCAGUAGAGGUGGGGCUAAAGUGGGUACUCAAGCUCAUCCACUGUGGAAACUGUUGUGGAAACUCUAACUAUGUACUUUCAUUAUAUUCUCACCAGAGAGACCUGAUUUUAUCAUCAGGCCUUUAAUAUGAGCCUAAAGUUGUUGGUUUUUUUCCUUGGGCAGUUUUUCCUUAUUUAUUUUUGGGAGAGAUGCUCAGAGUAGUAUUUCAAAUGCACAGAAUGGUGUAAAUAUAAAAUGAACACUAUAUGUUUACAAUUGUAUGUUGUGAUUGCCACAUGAUGCGGAUGUUGACUUAUUUGACUUACUUGAAAGUACGAUGAGUAUGGCGAUAACUUUCAAAGGAAAUCAUCAAAAGCAGACUUUGAGCAUUGAUGACGCACAAAAAAAAAAUAAACACAAAAUCAGAACCCAUGAGGGAAGUUCUAAGGAAGCAAGCUGAACUGAUGGUGUAUAACACAGCUGGUUGCAUUCAUUCAAUUGUAUCACUACAAUUUGGAAAUCAUAUUAUCAUAUAUAUCAAUCACUACUUACAAAAUAAAAUAAAUCUAUAAUUAUACAAUAACAUGGCUCUAGCUCAGUGUUUUGGCAUGUAUCUGCCUCAAAAUACUUGCCCACCACUCAUGGAUAUGUGCAGGAUAUACUGUGAUGCUACAAUUCCUUGAAUACCAAACAUUUGGAAUAAAAAAAAAAAUGUGA